AUGAGGACCUUCGUGGUUCUGCUGUUUGUUCUCUGCAGCUGUCUCUCUGAGCAUCAGGUUUUUCACAUUACAGACCAUGCCAAGAAGCCAAUCUUUAUGGAAACCACACUGAGGGUCAGCGAGAGCCAGGUGGAGGAACAGAGAGUCCUGCUCCAGGAGCUGAGAGCCAUUGUGGCUCAACAGAGCACCAAACUGAAUGAGAUGGCAGCCAGCGUGGAGGAACUGAAGAGAGAGAACAGAGAGAGACCGAAGGUGGCCUUCUCAGCCUCGCUGUCUGAAUCCAAAGGACCAAAUAGUGAUGAUGUCAUCCUGGUCUACAAACAUGUCUUCAACAAUAUUGGUGAGGCUUACAGUCCGGUGACGGGUAUCUUCAGAGCACCGGUUAAUGGAGUCUACUACUUCACAUACACUGCCUUUACAACCUCCAGCAAGGGGAGAAGAGUGUCGCUGUUUAAAAACGAACUUCUAAUGGUGACUGUGACCGAUGACGUUUCAGACUCCGAGGACGGUGGAUCCAAUGGUGUCACACUGCAGUUGGAUGCAGGAGAUGAGGUCUACACUCGUCUGGUGGCAGAAUUUAACGUCUUUGAUGACAAGAAUCACCACAGCACCUUCUCUGGCUUUCUGCUCUUCACGUAGAAAACAGUUCCUUCCACAGCUGAAUCCUACUGCUUUGGAAUGAUUUGAUGACAUAUAGUACUAUGACAUCACAAUGUUUAUGGCUUUUUGUGUGAACUAAGCAUUGAUAACAAGGUGAAAAACAAACAA